CGCGCGCCCCGACCCCCACCCCGCCUUUUCCCGGGUUCCGGGGAACCCCACCUCAGCCCGCAUCCCCAGCGCGGCCACGUCCAGCCUCGGACGGGACAGCGGCGCCCAAGCCUUGGUGUGCCUCGGGAUUCGGGAGAGAUCCGCAAUGCCAGGCUGUGACCAUUCCUGCAGCUGUAGCCGUGGCCCCAAUGUGGAAGAAGGCAGAUGGUAUGGGGUCCGCUCCUACCUGCACCUCUUCUAUGAAGACUGUGCAGGUACGGCCCUCAGUGAUGACCCUGAGGGGCCUCCCAUCCUGUGUCCCCGCCGACCCUGGCCCUCACUGUGCUGGAAGAUCAGUCUGUCUUCGGGGACCCUGCUUCUGCUGCUGGGAGUGGCAGCCCUGACCACCGGCUAUGCAGUGCCCCCCAAGCUGGAGGGCAUCGGAGAGGGGGAAUUCCUGGUGUUGGAUCAGCGGGCAGCUGAUUACAACCAGGCUCUGAGCACCUGCCGCUUGGCAGGCACAGCGCUCUGCAUGGCGGCUGGGAUCCUGCUGGCCAUUUGCCUGUUCUGGGCCAUGACUGGCUGGCUGAGCCCGGACACCAAGGCAGAACCCUUGGACACUGAAGCUGAUGGCCACGUGGAGAUCUUCGGGGAUGAACCAGAGCAGCAGCUGUCCCCCAUCUUCCGCGAUGCCAAUGGCCAGUGUUGGUUUUCACCACCUACCAGCCCCUUCGGGCAAUCCUCUGUGCAGACCAUCCAGCCCAAGCGGGACUCUUGAGCUGUCCACAAGGCCAGGGGAGGAGCCAGACCUGGGGUCUGGACCAUUCCUCUGUCCCACCACACCCUGCCCUCCAAUAGUCGCCCUAACUUCUCCCUUUCAGCGGGACCCUUCUACCUAUGCCCCCAGAAGACCCAACUCCAGCUCAAGAGAGUCUGGAGCUCAAAUCCCAGUGUCCCUUCCCAAGUAUUGGGCCCCAACUUUCCCCAAGUCCUCCCAAACCUUCCCACGCACCCCUCCUUCCCCAGACCCUUCAGGAGCAGAAAACAUCCCCCUCAAUCUAUCCCCAUUCUACUCUGUGUGGCCCCGGGCAAGCCCCUUUUCCUUUCAGACCAUCAGUUCCUGUCUCUGUACUAUGAGGGGUUUGGAUCAGAUUCUAGAGUUCCAUGGCUUUGCUAUUCUCCCCAGUUAUAAACAUGACUCUCCAUAGACAGUUGGGGGGAGGGGUAGCGGAGUCUUUCUCAUCCCCUGACCCCUUCCUCCGUCAGCUGCUCCAAGAUGCCUUCCUUGAGGAUGGGUCAAAAACACUCACCUGGACUUCCCUUCCAGGAUGGUGCGAAAACAGUCACCUCCUACAAAAUGUUUUCUAUGUGCAUUUUGCAUCAGGGCCCCCCAGUCCAGCCCAUCAUGGGCGUUUAUUAGCCUCGGUUUACAGACGAGGUGGCUGAGGGAGGCCGGCAGUCCGUGGGAAUUUGGACCCACAUCUUCCACCUCCUCUCGGGCCAACUCUCGUUCUACAGCUGGAACAGGGGACCUGCUGGACACUUUCCUGGCUUCCAGGGGACCUCUAGGGGUGGGAGACAGUUGGUCCAGAGAGCCCGGUUGGAGGCCUGAUGGUCCUAGGUAGCUCAGAAGAUAAUUUGGACGUGUAUUUAAAUGGUCUCUAAGAUUGGGGCGCCUGGGUGGCUCAGUCGUUGAGCGUCUGCCUUCGGCUCAGGUCAUGAUCCCAGGGUCCUGGGAUCGAGCCCCGCAUCGGGCUCCCUGCUCCGCGGGGAGCCUGCUUCUCCCUC